UGGAGAAGGGUGUUUCGUUGCGCCCAGUAUGUUGCACGGGGCAAACAUCUAGUUCAGGAACUAACCGAUAUGUAUCACUGAGGCGCUGAUUCCGUAGUUAUAAACACCUUUGCUGCAUUGAAACCGGGUUCACUUAUCCGCGUCUGCAGCCUUUAACAAAUUAUUUGCUCGACGGAGUCUGCACAUACUGGAAGCUGGAGCAACAAGCAACCUGCCGGUGAACACAGCGGGCCGAGCAGCGUCUGUGGGAGGGGGACAGGAAUUGUCGACGUUUCGGGUCGAAACCCUGCAUCAGGGAUCAUCUGCUGAGUGGGCAGAGCGUAUUCCGUGUCCUGGAGCAUUCUGGGUAUCGGAAGCCGCCAUUGCACCGCGGAACAAAAUCCACACCGGCAGCUUCACAAGCGGCGAGAAGGAACGUGUCCUCAUCGAACGCAAUGGACCCACUUCAAUGCCCCAAAUGUGGCAAACACUUCAAGCGAUCCAGUGACCUACUGAGACACCAGCGGGAUCACAGCGGGGAGAGGCCGUUCACCUGCAGUGACUGUGGGAGGGGGUUCACUCGCUCGGCCAACCUGGUGACCCACCAGCGGGUCCACACUGGGGAGAAGCCGUUCACCUGCUCCGAGUGCGGGAAAGGAUUCACCCGCUCGUCCAACCUGGUGAUACACCGGCGGCUUCACACCGGAGAGAGGCCGUUCACCUGCUCCGAGUGCGGGAAGGGGUUCACCCGCUUGUCCAACCUGGUGAUACACCGGCGGGUCCACACCGGGGAGCGGCCGUUCACCUGCGCGGAGUGUGGGAAGGGGUUCACCCAGUCCUCUGACUUGGUCAUCCACCAGCGACUUCACACCACUGAGAAAUUAUUUACUUGCUCUGAGUGUGGCAAGGGAUUUGCCCGCUCAUCCGACCUGGUGAUACACCAGCGAAUUCACACCGGGGAGAAGCCAUUCACCUGCUCUGAGUGCGGGAAGGGGUUUAUCCGGAUAUCCAUCCUGCUGAGACACCAGCAAGUUCACACUGGUGAAAAGCCAUUCGCCUGCUCCAUGUGCAGAAAGGCAUUCGUUUGGUCAUCCGACCUCCAGAGGCACCAGCGAGUUCACACUGGGGAGAGGUCGUAUAUCUGCACUGAGUGCGGGAAGGGAUUCAUUUACUCCUCUAACCUGGUGACCCACCGGCAGCGGGUUCACACCAGGCUGUGGCCAUUCACCUGCUCCAAGUGCGGGAAGGGAUUCACUCAGUCGUCCCACCUGGAGACACACCAGCGGACGCACUCGGGAGAGAGGCCGUUCGCCUGCUCCCAGUGUGAGAAAAGGUUUGCUGCUGCUGCUUACCUGCUCAGACACCAGCGGACUCACAGCAAAGAAAGGCCGCUCACCUGCCCGGAAUGUGGGAAGGGAUUCGCUCGUUCCUCCAGCCUGCUGAUCCACCAGCGGGUCCACACCGGGGAGAGGCCUUUCACCUGCUCCGAGUGUGGGAAGGGAUUCACCAGGUCGUCCAGCCUGAUGAAACACCAGCGGGUCCACACCGGGCAGCGGCCCUUCACCUGCUCCGAGUGUGGGCAGAAGUUCACUCAGUCGUCCCACCUACUAAAGCACCAGCGGGUCCACACCAGGGAGAAACCGUUCACCUGUCCCGAGUGCGGAAUGGGAUUCACUCGGUCAUCCAAUCUCCUGAGGCACCAGCGAGUUCACACCCAGGAGAAAACUUAUCAGUGCUCUCACUGCGGGAGAAACUUCCAACGGCGCCGUGACCUGGCGAGGCACCGGCUGGUCCACAGCGGGGAGAGGCCGUUCGACUGCCCCGAGUGCGGGAAGAAAUUCGCCGAUUCUUCCCACCUGCUGAGACACCGGCGGGUCCACAGCGGGGAGAAGCCGUUCACCUGCCCCGAGUGCGGGAAGGGGUUCAGCCAGUCGUCCAAUCUGGUGACCCACCAGCAGAUUCACAGCGGGGAGAGGCCCUUCGUCUGCUCCGAAUGCGGGAAGGGGUUCACCGUGUCGUCUUACCUGCUGAGACACCAGCGGGUUCACACUGGGGAGAGGCCGUUCACCUGCUCGGAGUGCGGGAAGGGGUUCACUCGGUCAACGCAUCUGGUGAUGCACCAGCAUGUCCACAGCAGGGAGAGGCCGUUCACCUGCUCCGAGUGCGGGAAGGGAUUCACUCGGUCUUCUCACCUGCUGACACACCGACAAGUCCACACCGGCGAGAGGCCGUUCACCUGCUCGGAGUGCGGGAAGGGAUUCACUCGAUCGUCUGACCUGGUGAGCCAUCAGAUAGUUCACACCGGGGAGAGGCCGUUCACCUGCUCUCACUGCGGGAAGGGAUUCACCCAGUCCUCCAACCUGCUGAGGCACCAGCGGGUCCACACCAGGGAGAGGCCGUUCAUCUGCCCCGACUGUGGGAAGGGGUUCACGCGGUCCUCGAAUCUACUGACGCACCGGCGCGUUCACAUGGGAGAGAGGCCGUUCACCUGCUCCGAGUGCGGGAAGGGGUUCGCUCAGUCUUCCCACCUGCUGACACACCAGCGGGUCCACACCGGCGAGAGGCCGUUCACCUGUCCCGACUGCGGGAAGGUGUUCACUCAGUCCUCCCUCCUGGUGACCCACCAGCGACUGCACACCAGGGAGAGACCGUUCGUCUGCUCCGAGUGCGGGAAGGGAUUCAUGGAGUCAUCUACCCUGCUGACCCACCAGCGGAUCCACACUGGGGAGAGGCCGUUCACCUGCUCCGAGUGCGGCAAGGGGUUCACCCGGUCAUCUCACCUGCUGACCCACCAGCGAAUUCACACCAGGGGAGGAGGUAUAGCAGCGACAGCUGUAGGGCGGGAUCCACACAGUCAUUCAACCUUGUGAGACACCAGUGAGUUCACACCAAGGACAGAAACCAGGUGUGGAAUAUUUAAACACUUCAGCUACUAAAGGCACCAGCACUGGAGCCUGCAGUCAUUGUUGCUGCCAGGAUGAAAACCUACUUUUACUGCACUUGUGGUGCGUUUCUCCUGGUGCUAAUCCUUAAUGUCUGGGAGUUUAUUACUCCAAAUCUACAUCAA